UAAGAGAUCGCUGCACGAGCCAUGCGGAAGCGUUUCAUCUUGUUUUUCUUUAGUUAUGAAAUAUCGUUAGCUAGAAGUCUCAACGACUCACAAAACAUUUCAAACGUUUGUAAUAAGAAUCUAGUAGAUAUGGAUAUCGGUACAAUAUGAAAAGUAGGAAUUACAUCAAUUCAAUUACAUAACAAAAUCAUAUUUAUUUUUAUUAAACACUAAGAUUUUUAGGUGAAUUACAGACACAUUUACAGCUCAGCAUGGCUUUGGUUCCCUAUAAUGACACUUUAAUGCCAGGUCUGUCCAAGCUGCACCAGAGUUCAGCUGAAUUCAUUCUAGCCAAUCACAAGAUCAGACUCAACCAGAACUGGAACCAGUUAGGUGUCGCUGCUGUGGUAUGGGAUGCAGCGGUGGUGCUCUGCAUGUUUUUGGAGAUGGGUACCAUUGAUCUUAAAGGAAAGAAUGCUAUUGAGCUUGGAGCGGGUACGGGUUUGGUUGGCAUUGUAGCUGCUCUUCUCGGAGCAAAGGUGACGAUCACAGACCGAAAACCUGCGUUGGAAUUUCUGUCUGCUAAUGUGCAAGAAAAUAUUCCUGCCAGCCAGCAGCAUGCAGUGCAGGUAUCUGAACUCACCUGGGGCGAAAGUCUCGACCUGUACCCAUCGGGUGGCUAUGAGCUCAUACUGGGAGCUGACAUUGUCUAUCUGGAGGAGACGUUCCCUGCUCUUUUGCAAACCCUUGAACACCUGAGCUCGGAGAACACGGUGGUGUUGUUGUCCUGUCGGAUCCGAUACGAGCGAGAUGAACGGUUCUUGAUGGACCUCAGGCGUAGGUUCUCGGUGCGAGAGGUUCAUUACGACUCUGAGAAGGACAUUCACAUUUACAGAGCGAUGAAAAAUAAGAGCAAACCUGAACUGUAAUUGGAUUUCAUAAGCUGCAUAUCAAGUCCACUAUCGUAUAAAAAUGAUGCCUUUAGCUUCAAAAGGCCAACAGGUGGCGGUGCCAUCAUGGACUAAAAUACUAAAUAGAAUCGUACACUUAAAAAAACAAACAAAUAAUUGUUUUAUUUCAAGCUCUUAUUUUACUUUCCUAACAGCUGUAAGUAAAUACUUGGUGGGUUUUACUAUUUAAGAUCACACUAAAUAAAAAAAGGUUUAACCGUAA